UUGAUCAGAGAAAACUGAAGGUGUACUUUAUAAAGUUUUGUUGAAGCACAAACUUUGGCACUGAUUUGAAAGCGUUAUUCUCAAUAAAACGCUUAUCAUUGUUAUAGUGUCAUUGUCAUUAAUAGUGUACCACUGUACACGGUUGUGACGGUUGACAUUGUUCAGUUAGUUUUAUUUCGCCGGAGGUCACGGGCUUGUAUUCCACGAUGGAGAACAAAACUGAUUUUCGCUAUCCUCAUACGUUCAUACUCCUAGGAGCUUCAGGAGACUUGGCGAAAAAGAAAAUAUAUCCAACAAUUUGGUACCUCUACCGAGACAAUCUUCUGCCUGAGAAUACAAAGUUUGUUGGUUAUGCUCGCACCAAACAAUCUGUUGCCGAGGUAAGAGAGAAAUGUAAGAAGUAUAUGAAAGUGCGGGCUGGUGAAGAAAAAAAAUACGAACAGUUCUGGGAAGCUAACGAGUACCUAGCGGGGUCCUACGAUCGGCGAGUUGACUAUGAAUUGCUUAACCAGCAAAUAACAAAGUAUGAAAAAGGACCUGUUGCCAACAGGAUAUUUUACCUGGCGGUCCCACCUACAGUAUUUGAAGAUGUUACUGUUAACAUAAGAAAUGCUUGUAUUUCCAUCAAGGGCUACACCAGGGUCAUCAUUGAGAAACCAUUCGGGCGAGAUGAUGUGUCGUCUGAUAAAUUGAGUGAACAUGUGGCUGGAUUGUUUAAAGAAGAGCAGAUAUACAGAAUUGAUCACUACUUGGGCAAGGAAAUGGUCCAGAACCUAUUGACUACUAGAUUUGCAAACCAGAUAUUCAGUCCUUCAUGGAACAGGGAAAAUAUUGCUUCCAUUCUAAUUUCUUUUAAGGAGCCAUUUGGCACUGAAGGCAGAGGUGGGUACUUUGAUGACUUUGGCAUUGUUAGGGAUGUGAUGCAGAACCAUCUUCUUCAGAUACUCUCACUUGUUGCAAUGGAGAAGCCUGUGACAUUGAACCCAAAUGACAUCAGAGAUGAAAAAGUGAAAGUGCUUAGGCAUAUUGAACCCAUUACUAUGGAUGAUAUUUUGGUGGGGCAGUAUGUCGGGAACCCUGACGGUAAGGGAGAAGAGACUAUGGGCUACCUGGAUGACCCCACAGUGCCAAAAGAUUCUAUAACACCUACUUAUGCUAUGGCUGGACUAUGGAUCAAUAAUGCUCGGUGGCAAGGUGUUCCAUUCAUACUACGCUCAGGCAAGGCGCUUAAUGAAAGGAAAGCUGAAGUCAGGAUACAAUUCAAGGAUGUUCCCGGAGAUAUUUUCAGUGGUGCUACCAAAAGAAACGAGUUGGUAAUAAGAGUCCAGCCAGGAGAAGCUUUGUACCUCAAAAUGAUGGGAAAAUCACCUGGAAUGAAGUUUGAGCUAGUGGAAACUGAGCUUGAUUUGACUUAUAGUGCUCGGUACAGGGAAACUGAUGUGCCUGAUGCAUAUGAACGGUUAAUCCUGGAUGUGUUCACUGGAACUCAGAUGCACUUUGUAAGAAAUGAUGAGCUUAAAGAGGCUUGGCGAAUUUUUACGCCUAUCUUAAAGCAGCUGGAAGAGCAGCGGGUAAAGCCUGUACCCUAUGUGUAUGGCUCACGGGGACCUCCUGAAGCUGAUGCAAAGCUGUCCCAAUACAACUUCAAGUAUUCCGGCUCUUACAAAUGGCAAAAACCUAUACAUACUUAAAUUGCUCAAUAUUUUUGACAACUUCUGGUGGUGGUACUGUUUUUUAUAGUUCAUUAUAUCUUCAUUCAACCACAUUACCAAGUAACUUUUGCUAAGUUAAGAUUUAUAACAUUCCAAUCAUAUUUAUUUCAAAGGUCAUUUUAAGGUUAAAUGCUUUUCUUCUCAGUCAUUUGUUAGUACAUCACAUUUUUACAUUCCGUUUAUGUAUUUAUUUAAAAGAUUAUUUAUUGUAUACAAAUAAAGUAAGUGCCUUA